GUCGCCAUCGCUCUCACUUCGUCUUCUCUCCCUGGUUUGUUUGCUUGUUCCAUACGACCUCUUCGUUUCCUCGUUUGCUCCAACGACAUCCUACCUUAGGCUGGCCAUUGAACAACAACUCUAGUCCUUUUCUUUUGCCAUAGCCGUCUAAAGAUGACGGGGAAGAAGAUUAACAUGCAGCAUGCGCGCGCAAAGAUGACGCUAAAAAAAAAUAUAUGAUACUCACACAUCCCGAGACAUCUCUCACUCCCACCCUCACUCUCUCUCUUUGUCUCUGUAUGUCUGUCUGUCCGUCUGUCUGUCUGUCUGUCUGUCUGUCUGUCUGUCUGUCUGUCUGUCUGUCCGUCUCUUUCUCCCUCUCUCUCUCUCUCUCUUCCCCCCCUUCCUUUCUGCUUCUCUCUCUCCCUCUCCCUCUUUCUCUCUCCCUCUCUUCCUCUCUCCCUCUGUCUCCCUCUCUCUCCCCGUCUCCCACUCUCUCCAUCCCUCUCCCCGUCUCUCUCCCUCCCUCCCCCCUUUUCUCUCCCUCUCUCUCUGCUCUCUUCCACCUCUCUCUCCCCUUCUCUCCCUCUCUCCCCCUCUCUCUCUCUCUCCCCUCUCUCCCUCUCUCCCCUCUCUCCCGCCCCGUCUCUCUCUCUCUGCGUGCGUGUUUUGUGUCUGUGUGUGUGUGUGCGCGCGCGCGCGCGCGCGUGUGUGUGUGUGUGUGUGUGUGCGCCCAAUGUUUGUGUUUUCCUGUUCUAAAUCGUGCGCCAGCAGGUGGGCGGCUACGAACGAGAGGAAGGGAAAUUAUGAUACCUCUCAUACCAACACUGUGUGGUACAAACCUUCCCCUUUGGGUUAGGUUAGGGAGAGGUACGGACCUGUGAUGAAUCUAGGUGGUGUGCCAUUGAAACUGUUUAUGACGGCCGAGCGCCCCAUCUCUUCUUCCUUUUCUCCGUGGAAGCGCACUCCCCUGCUGCAUGGCGAGGGGAUUUGGGCUUGUCUACCAAUUUGGCUGGAUCCCGCAUCAUCAUCGGCAACCGGAGAGGACGAAGAUCGACGCCUAGGAAAUGAGGAAUCGAGCUUGUUACCUCAAAAUACUAAGUAGCUGAUCUUGGAGAGAGUUCAUGCGCUGGGAGCGAGUAGAGGAGAGGGGGGGGGGGAGAGAGGGGUGGAGAGAGGGGUUAACGCUUAUCGUCAUUUAUUCAGCGGGUGUGGCCGUGAGGAGUACUGUUCUCAAAGAGGUUAUGGCGACAUCUUUGCUCUGGAGGCAAACUGAUCUUGCAUCUUUGUUCGCUGGUCGAAGGAUCCGAUGGUACCGCGGCCGGGGCGGGCAAUUGCACGGGCUUAUUAUUGAUUGAUCGAGUUGAGCUGGCAAUUGACCUCUCAACCUCUUAAGCAGUGCUGCGUGUGAGCGUGAGAGGGGCGAUCCGUCUUGAUGUUGUGGCUGAUUGCGCGAUGAGUGAGCGUGAUCCGAGGGUGCUAACCGGGAAGGAAGGGUUACCCCACACCGCCAGAAGAUAUGUCCAGCUUCAGUAAUGUGACUUGCAGGUACUGGGCGGCCUCAGGGAAAUGUUUCCUAGGGGAGCAGUGCAACUUCGCGCACAACCUGGAAGAGAAGGGGGAUGGAGGGAAAACCGUACCGAAGAAGGAGAAGGCUUGUAAGGAGUUGCUGCUGACCGGAUACUGCAAGGACGAGAACAAUGGGUGCGAGUUUAACCAUGACAUAGUGGGGGUGACUCGCUCUGGGCCACCUCCCGCUCCGGCAGUGUCCGCUUCUUCCCCGAGCAACAAAUUGUCCACAUCUCGAGCAGCCAGCAGCAGUGGUGGUGGUGGUGGUGGUGGUGUUGGUGUGUGGGCUCCUGCCUCCGCAGCUAACCGCAAGGUUCUGUUACCUAUCUCCGCGCCAGUGUUUGUGCCGGCUGCUGUUGCCGCUGCCCAGAGAGCCGCUCUCAAUGCCUGGGGAGGGAUCACUGUGCCAGGCGUCGCUAAGGCACCGGUAAGUUCCGCCCCCUUAUCAGGGGCAAGAUCAGGUGGAAUUGCAGCUGGAGGAGGGGACACAGCGACGACGACAACGUCUGCCUCGACGUCUGGGUCCUCAGCCUCAGCUGCACCUGUGGCUUCUACAAGUGCGACGACAUUGUCAGGCUCCGCGGGUAGCUCCUCCCCUGCAGCAGCGGCGAGAGCAUCGGUGUCGGACCCAUCUGUCAUCUCUUCCCAGGUCCCUCGGAGUAGUGGUACCCUUGCGUCGGCACCUAGCAGUGGGUCCUUGAGUGUGCGUGUUGUUGAUUCGGGCGCGACACCCUCUUCCGCAGCCCUGAGCGGGCCUACUCCUCCUCCUCCUCCUCCUCCUCCUCAGUUGCUGUCAUCGGUUGGUGGCUUGCUUGGGGGGCUGGUGCAGAUGGGGGGGGGGGGGGGGGGRGGGGGGGGGAGCGAAGUGACUAGCGCAGUGGGUGGAGGAGGAUCGAUUGCGGCGAAUGCGAAUGCGCCACCAUUCAUUCCGAGCGGAAUUGCGUCGGUGAACAUGGCAGGGCGGUCCUUGUCAGUGGCAGCAACAGUUUGCCCAUCAAUGGGAUUGCAAAGCUUGGCAUCCUCGGUCGGGCCGAGCACGGUGACAGCGUCGUUGGCAAAUGCCGCUCCCUUUGUACCGAAGAAAUCGCUGCAGCUUGGAGCGAUUGGAAGAGGGAGUGGGGGGGGGAUCCUUUCUGGGACGGGGGGCGGGAUCGGGAUGAUGUCCCAAGGCCUGCAGGGAAUUCAAUCGGCAGUGACAACAGCGCUUACACAGCAGAUUCAACUGUGUCAGCAGCAGGGAGCAGCUUCGGCACAGAGAGGGCAGCAACGCCCACAGCAGGCGCAGAGGAUGGGGGGGGGGGAAGGGCAACAGGCACAGCAGGCGCAGCCGCAGCAGCAACAACAGCAGGUAGCAGGCAUGAGGCCUGGGGUUGCAGGAGCUGCCGCUGCUGCGGCGGCUGCAUUACGCAGCAGUGGAGGAGGAGGAAGUUACUUAUUAGGGACAGAUCAGAUUGCAAUGAUGGUCCCGUACAGGCUGCCGGAAGGGGACGAUCCGGCAUUGGGAAUGACCGCGAUGUCUCCACCUGGGGCGCGGACGGAGUUUGGGAUGGUGCAAGGGGCAACAAGCGGGCCCGGGGGUGUUGGAGGAGGGAAUGGAGGCAUGCAGGUAAUUGGCGGACUGGGGGGUGAUGGGUCUCUCAUUCCUGGAGUUUUGGGGUUGAUCGGGGGGGACAAGGUGUCGCAUCUCGGAAUGGCAGAGGCUCGAAUGAGCAAUGGGACACUUGGAACUGGGCCAGGUGGUGGUGGUAUAAGCAGUCCCGGCCACGGCUCCUUGUCGCAAAUUGGAAUGCAAAAGGUACUGAUCCAUCAGCAGCAACAGCAGCAGCAGCAGCAGCAGCAGCAGCAAUCACUGUCACAUUUGAGUGGUCUGCUUGGAGCGAGAUCUCCGAGAGGCCAGGCGUCUAUUCCUUCCUUACUUCAGCAACAGCAGCAGCAGCAGCAGCAGCAGCAGCAGCAGCAGCAGCAGCAGCAGCAAUUACAGCAGCAGCUGCAGCAGUUCCAGCUUCAGCAGCAAAAACAUCAGCAGGCCAUGCAGUCUGCUCAGGGGAGUCAUUUGUCCGCCCAGCAGCUGCAGCUGCAGCUUCAGCAGGUGGCGGCAACAACGCAACAGCCCCUGCUGACAAGUCAGCAGAUGUUGCUGCAAGGCCAGCAGCAGGUCAUAGGGCCACGGGCGCACACUUCACCACGCAUUUCUCCAUGCCCUUCGCCCGCACCCAUUGGAAAGCAGACGGUCGCACAGACCCAACAACAAUCGUCACCGGGCCAACAGCAAGGGGUGCUGCCUCAACAGCAAUCCCCCGGGCAAGUGGGUGUGAUCGGUGGUGCGGGGGAUGGCUCCAUGUCUCCCCGGGUUGACUCCGGUUCUGUGGGUGAUGUAGGCCCAAGUGGCGGUGGGUCAUUACCUGCGAGUCGGGAUCUCGGCAAUGGCAUACCGUCCCUCCUGGUUCGUGGGGGGUCUGGUGCAGGGGUAUCUAAUGAUGGGACAGGAGGGGUGAACUUGUGCUCCUCCAGUGGCUCGAUAGCACACCCAAGGUCUCCACAGCAGCAAUCGCCGGGAAACGAGAAGCAUGACCUGAGUGGGAGGACAGCAGAGCUCAGAGGAGACGAGGCUUGUCAGAAGCCAUCACCUCAACAAAAGCAACAAGAGCAGCAGCUUGAUCACCAGCAGGAACAGCAUCAGAAAAUGAUACUCGACAUGCAUACGCAACAUACGCAGCAGGCACCAGGCAAUUCACAGCAGCAAUUAAAACAACAUUUGCAGCAGCAGCAGCAGCAACAACAGAGCCAGCAGCAGCAGCAGCAGCAAAGUGUUCAUCAUCAUCAAAACCAACAGCAGCAGCUUCUUCAGCAGCAACAGCAUCAGCAUUUGCUUCAGCAGCAGAAGCAGCAUCACCAUCAGCAGCAGCUAUUUCAGCAGCAGCAGACCCAACUCCUCCAGCAGCAACUCCAGUUGCAGCUGCAGCAGCAACGCCAGAAAACUCCACCACUGCAAAUGCAACGUGCACAGCAGCAGAUAUCCCCUCAGGUGUCAGCUCAGCAGGCGGGGUCUUUGUACAGUGUGAGGCCAGUAUCACCUGGGCCUGGGCUGGGUGUGGCAGCUGCGCAUGGAGGGCCCACAUAUUUUUUCAGUGGCCCUUCUUCCAGCCAUGGGGGAACAGUUCAUCCAGGACUGCAACCGGCUGCAUCUGCUCAUCACCAUCACCAGCACGGGGCUUCGGGGCACCAUCAUGGAGGAGGAGGGGGAUUUGUGCACAUGGGUAAUUACAUGGGGGGUGGUGGUACUGGCCCGAUUGCUGCGCCUGGCAGUCGGCCAGACGGCCGGGGAGCCCGGGGAGCAUUCCUUCCCCCAGGAACGACACAGCUGGCUUCCAGGUUUAUGCCUGAAAGCCUGAGGGAGGAGCUUCGGCACAAGUCUGCGCUUGUGCAAGCGCAGAUGGAUCCCGAGCAGGACAUUGCCGAUCUGCCCGAGAUGGUCCAGCGGUUUCAUUCGUUGUACCCGCUUGAGGACAUGACAAGGGAGGAGGAGGCGCCCAGCUCGUCCUUUGGAGUCAGGACAAUGAUCUUCAAAGGAAUCAGUGCAACCGAUGGGGUGGCGUAUGCCAUACGGAGAAUAGACCCCCGGCAGGUUAUUCCGGCUCCGGAGUUGGUGGUUGCGGCACAGGAGUCUGCAGAUCGAUGGGCCCCGCUUGCCGGUCACCCGCAUCUCGUAGCGCUGCGGGAGUCCUUUGUCAGUCGGGAAGUUGACGAUGCGGCCGCAUUGUUCUUCGUCCAUGAUUAUUACCCGGCUGCGGUUACGCUUGAGAGCGUUCACAUCAGCGAUGGACCAAACAGGAGCAUGGGGCAUCCAGCAGCGAGGAUCAGCGAGGAGCAGCUGUGGAGCUAUGCGAUGCAGAUUGCAACAUUGCUGAGAGCGGUGCACAGUGCAGGACUGGCAUUGAGACCCGGCGGUCUCGACCCCUCCAAGGUUCUUCUGACCAGCCGAGGUCGCCUGAGAGUAGGCUCAAUCGGCAUUCUGGAUAUGCUGAAUGGUGAUCCGAAUGAUGAUCCGCGGUUGCUUCAGCGCGAGGACUUGGCUGGUUUCGGGCGACUGCUGCUGGCGCUAGCGUGUGGGUCGAUCGGGAAUGCUUCCCUUGAGGUGAUGGUUGCCCAGUACUCCGCUGAUAUUGUGAGGUUGACUCAGGCGUUGAUUGCGUCGACCCCGGAGAACACUGAAGGCGGUGGGUUGACCAGCGCACGGCAGCUGAGUGCAAUCCUCAGCGAGCGCAUGUUUGGCGAGCUUGAGCAUUUGUACACGUUUAACGAUCUCCUGAUGGAAGAAUUGCGGAAAGAGGCUGAGAAUGGUCACUUGUUCAGGAUACUCGUGAAGAUGGGCAUGAUCAAUGAGCGACCAGAGAAUGACACAGAUCCUGGCUGGUCGGAAACUGGCGACCGGUACCUUCUCAAGCUCUUCCGCGAUUUCGUGUUUCAUCAGGUGACGGAGGAGAGACGGCCGAUGCUGGACUGGGGCCAUGUCAUAGAGGCGCUCAACAAAUUGGAUGCAGGUGUUUCCGAGAAGUUGAUAUUGAUGAGCAGAGACGAGAAGUCGAUGUUGAUUGCCUCGUACAGGGACGUCAAGCAAUGCCUGGAGGGUGCCUACCGGGAGCUGCUGUCGAGGGUGUCUGGAGAUAAGCCAAGACCUAUGCCUCACAAUCUCAUGUCAGUAGUUCAGCCUUCGCUAGGACACAUGCCACGGCUUCCGACGCAGAGGCAGGGCCCCUGAAAACUCGUGCGCAAACAGAUGGUGCUUAUCCUUAUCGUUGAAAAGCUGUUUCUUUAUUGGCCAUUGGCAAGAGGGUGGCGUUCUAUCUUUGGACCUAGCGACUCUGCUUCGUGACGGGGAUGAGAGACACGGGAUACCAACAGACACCGAAGUACCUAUUCAACCCGGGGAUGGACAGCGGGGCUUCGGGCCUGCCUUAUGUGGCAAAUGGGUGCAGUUGAGGUUCAUCAGAAUGCUGCAAAGGAGAGGAAGGCAACAGGAUGAGGUGGGAGGUGGGGGGCAAGGCGAGUUGUUGGUGGCUGGUUUGUCGCAGGGCCAGGGGUGGAAACAAGGAGGGAGGGGAAAGGAGGAGGGGGAGAACCAGGUUCAUAGGAGCCCAGUAAUGCAAGGGUGGGGAUGGUGUCUGUCUGUUUUGUGGUGGGAGGAUGUUGGGGAGAAGUUCAAAGGGUGAUAUAUUUUGAGGCGGGCAGGGCGGGCAUGUGAGGAGCCGGGUCGUAAGGAGUGGGGUUGAUUAAGCGAUACCCAGAAUACUGAACAUGCAGAAGAAUGAGGGGAGGGUACUUUGUGUGCAAAGCGUUGUUAGCAUAGUACUAGAUCACAGAUUGCUGGAUGACCAGGGAGUCGUUGACGAGAGAUUGGACACCGAUUGUUUUGUGUUGGGGCAAAUGCGUUUGUACUGUGGUGGUGGUUUUCGUGGUUACAUAGGAUUGCUCUAGUUCUCUUAGGAGUGCUAUACGUUGUUUGAGUGAUGAUAGGAGGUAGGUAGAAGACUACUGUGCUUGUUUACUGUCUUUCUAGCUCUGAUUAGUGUUGUUUGGUCUCUUCUUAUUUUAGCUCUUGUUUUCUUUUAGGUUGAGGGCUUUCAGGACAGCGACUCGAAUCUAGCCAUUUCUGUGCCUAGGUUCGUACCCUCAUCCUUUGAACCGAAGCUGGGUAACGGUCCCAGUACAUGGUCUCAGUACGCUCUCCGGGUUGUUUGUGAGGGAUUCCCGGCCUCAAUCUUUCAUUGGUAAUAAAGGAAGAUUUUGGAA